GGCUACACUGAAAAUGAAAUUCAGCUGACAACUUGAAUUUUUAUCACCAAUGACAAACGUUUUCGUGGUUAACACACUUUAUUUGUGUGUUAUCAAAGUGUUGAUAAUAAAUGUAAUAAUAAUAACUAAAUAAUUAUUUAUUAAUUAUUCGUCAGGUUAUAAAUAAUAAUAUAUAAAAAAAAAUUAAUAUAAUAAUUAUUAACAAACGUAAAUAAUGAAAAAAAAAAAAUUAUAAAAUUUAUUUUAUGACUGAUUGAAUAAAAUAAAUAUUGACAAAAUUGAAAAAUUAUUUUUAGUCAAUAAUGAUGAAUCAUGAAGUUAAAAAAUUAAAUAAAAUAAUAGAUUUGUAAAAUAAUUAUUAUAAAUAAAAAAAGUUAAUAAUAAUUAUAAAUUUUCUAAAAUGAAAAAAAGUUGAAACGAAAAUUUUUUUGUGUAAAAGAGUAAUAAGCAAACAAAAAAAGUAAAUAUUAUUUAUCUAAACAAAGUGACAUUUGUUUAUAUUUAUUUUGUAUAAUAAUAAUAAUAAUAUUAAAUAAUAAAAAUGCCAUUUGUUACAAGAAAUUGUCCACAUUUUUGUAAUUAUGGUGAUAUUAAAAUAAUUGAAAGUGUAUUUGGACAUAAAGAAAAAUUUAAUAAAUGUAGUGAUUGUGAUAGUGAAGGACCAAAUUUAUGGUUAUGCCUUUAUCCAGAAUGUCGAUGGGUUGGUUGUGCUGAAAAUAAUUUUGAUCAUGGUACAAUGCACAACAAUAAAUAUCCACAACAUUGUGCACAUAUGAAUUUAGCAACAAAUAGAAUUUGGUGUUACAUAUGUGAGAAGGAAGUUAUUGUAAGACAUGUACCAUCACCAUCAGUAUCACCAAGUCAAAUAUCUGGUGGUAGUUAUCAAGGUGAUACAUCACUCAAUAUGGAUUGUAAAAUUGAUCCAGAUAUGCGUUUAUGGGUUGACAGAUUUUAUGGUAGCAAUGAGACAAGACCAGGUGAUUCACCAGAUACAUCAGAUUCUGAAGAUUGUACAGAUUUUCGUGGUAGACCUCGUGGACUUGUUGGUUUACAAAAUAUUGGAAAUACAUGUUAUAUGAAUUCAGCAUUACAAGCAUUAUCAAAUGUCGUUCCAUUAACACAAUUUUUUCUUGAUUGUAGUAAUUUUGUAUUACAAAUGGCACGUGAACGUAAACCAGGUUUAAGUUUGAGCUAUAUGAAUCUCGUUAAAGACAUGUGGAAUCGUAAAACACGCGGAUAUGUUGUACCAAGUAAUAUAUUAUCAAAUAUACGUGCUGUUAAUCCAAUGUUUCGUGGUUAUCAUCAGCAUGAUACACAAGAAUUUUUACGUUGUUUUAUGGAUCAAUUGCAUGAAGAAUUAAAAGAAAGAAUUGAUGAUGAUAAAGACAUUUAUAAAGAUAUAUUAAAAUGUUUAGAUGGUCAAUCAUCAGAUGGUGAUGAUGUUAAUAAUGGUAAUGAUGGUGGUGAUGAUGAUGAUGAUGAUGAUAACAAUGACAAUGAUAACGCUGAUGAUGAUGAUGAUGAUGAUGAUAAUAAUGAUACAACACUUAAUAAUGAGGAUAAUAAUAUCAAUGAUAAAAAUGAUGAUGAUGAUGAUCAAGAAUUAAAUGAUGAUGGAUCUAGUCAAUCAGAUGGUGAAUAUGAAACAUGUGAUUCUGGUGUCAGUGAACAGAGUUCAUUGAGUGAUGAAGGUGAACGUGGUACAAAACGUAGAUAUUCACGUUUAUCACAAACAGAAAAUAAUAGUAAUAAUAAUAAUAAUAGCAAAUUACGUAAUAAAUUUACAAUAAGAACUUCUAAAAAAAAUAAUAUUGAUGAUAAUUAUUCAACACAAAGAUCUAUACAACAACAAGGCUCACCAACAAAACAUAAUAAUAUACGUUUAAAAAAACAAAGUAAAACACGUAGUAUUAUAAGUGAUAUAUUUGAUGGUAAAUUAUUAAGUUCAGUACAAUGUUUAAUGUGUGAUCGUGUAUCAAUGAGAAUGGAAACAUUUCAAGAUUUAUCAUUACCAAUACCAAGUAGAGAUCAUGUUGAUAUGUUACAUCAAGGCUCAUUAACACCACAAAAAGCUGGUCCAUGUUCUGAUGUUGUUUAUGUUACAAAUCAAUCUGGUUGGAUAACAUGGUUUUAUCAAUGGAUGAGAUCAUGGUUUUGGGGACCAGUUGUUAGUUUACCAGAUUGUUUAUCAGCAUUUUUUAGUGCUGAUGAAUUAAAAGGUGAUAAUAUGUAUAGUUGUGAAAAAUGUAAUAAAUUACGUAAUGGUAUAAAAUAUUCAAAAGUACUUGAAUUACCAGAAAUAUUAUGUAUACAUUUAAAAAGAUUUCGUCAUGAAUUAAUGUUUAGUUCAAAAAUUGCAAAUUACGUAUCAUUUCCAUUGGAGGAACUUGAUAUGAAACCAUAUUUACAUAAAGAUUGUAUAUCAAAUGUAUCAACAUAUGAUUUAAUAUCAGUAAUUUGUCAUCAUGGCACUGCUGGUGGUGGUCAUUAUACAUGUUAUGCACUUAAUACUGAUAUUAAUCAAUGGUUUGAAUUUGAUGAUCAAUGUGUUACACAAGUUACUGCUGAUACUGUUAAGCAUUGUGAGGCAUAUGUAUUAUUUUAUAAAAAAUCAUCAAAUUAUAUGUUAAAAUGUCGUGAUAAAACAGUUGAACUUAUGGAAUUAUCAUCAAGAGAACCAGAAUUAAUUUUUUAUGUAUCAAAACAAUGGAUUAAUAGAUUUAAUACAUUUUCAGAACCUGGUCCAAUUGAUAAUUCUGAUUUUUUAUGUCCACAUGGUGGUGUUAAUCCAAUGAGAUCAAAAUCAAUUGAUAAAUUAAGUCGCCCACUUCCACAAGCUGUUUGGGAAUAUUUGUAUAAUACAUUUGGUGGUGGUCCAGCAUGUACACAUUUAUUUGAAUGUCCAAUUUGUGAAGAUAAAUAUGAAACAUUACAAAAAAGAAGACAACAUGAAAUGGAUGUUUUUCAACGUUUUAAUAAUACUGAUAAUCCAACAGCAAUUUAUGCAUUGGCAAUGUCAUGGUUUAGACAAUGGCAAAUAUUUGUUAAAGGAAAAGAUAUUCAACCACCAGGUCCAAUUGAUAAUACAUCAAUUGUUGUUAAUGUUAAUGGACAAAAAAUGUUAAAACCUGGAUCAGAUUGUAGUCAAAUAUCAGAAGAAUUUUGGCAUUUUCUAUUGAGUAUUUAUGGUGGUGGACCAGAAUUAAUGCUACAACCAUGUCAACGAACAUCAUCUACCAUUCAACCAAAUAAUAUAUCAUUACAUUCCACUUCAGCACCAAAUUUAAUGGAACCGAGUUUAAAACCAAAUCGCAUUGAGGCCAAAUUAAAUCAUAAAGUUAUUAUAACGAAAAGUACUGAAACUAUAUCACAACAAGACAGUGCGAUUGAAAGUAUCGCUUCAGAUAAUGAAUCGCUAAAAUCACAAAAAGAUUCAAUUGGAUAAAAAUAAGCAAUAAUUAUUUUCAAACUUUUUUUUUUUGAAAAUCAUCUUUCAGUAUAAGUAUUGAUCAUUUUUAAGUUUUUAAAAAAUAAAAUAAAACAUAAUACACAUUUUCAUCGUUAAAAUUGAGUUUGAAAAUAAUGAAAAAAAAAAAAAACAAAGUGAUUUUUAUAAACGUUCCAAAAUUAUAUAAGACUUAUAAUAAUUUUUUUUUUGCAACAAACAAGCAUUUUUUUUUUUAAAUAUCAGACUUAUUUUUAUUAUUUAUAGUUUUUUUUUUUUGUUGUUAAAUAUCAAAUCAUUCGAAAAAAAAGUAUAAAAACAUAGGGUCCAUUUUUAUAAAAUUUAUGAUUUUUAUUAUUAUUUUGUUUAUUAUUUUUCGUGGUAUAUAUAUAUUUAUUUUUUUCCAUAAAUUUAAUUGUACAUUUCAAAUAUACAACACAACACACACCUUCAUGUACAAACGGCCUUUUCGCCCAGA